AUGCCUGAAGCAAGGGUUUACCUCGACGGCGAUAUUUUACAAAAAAGAGGAUUUCAGAGUGCCGAUCAAGCAGACAUCGUCUUUAAUGGAAACUACACUGCUCCAGUGGCCACUGGAAGAGGCAGCAUAUCAAUGGUGAUCAAAUGCACUAAGUCAAAAGUCUGGGCUGUUGGCGAUCGAUUGCUUGGUACUAUCAAUUCAGCAUCGUGCAUCAUGAAACGUAAAAAAUUUUACAAUCUUAGACUGUGA